UAGUCAUUUUCUCAUUGGAUUUGUCAAUUAUUUAGACUGCUCUUGGUUUAUGGAUGUGUAGAAGAAAAAUAAAAAUGAAGAGGAAAGUGAAAAAUAAAAUAAAAUAAAUAAAUAAGCUUAAUACUUUAUUCAUUUUACUCUUUUUCCUUAACCCCCCCAAAAAAUUCUUAUAAUCCAAGAUUAAAACAUGACCUUACGAAAAUUUUAGAAGUGUUUUAAGAACAAACCAAAAAAUGCAGAAGUAUUGCUGCUGGGAUGUGCAUCAGCAUCCCACAAGCAUUAGAUUUCGUUUAAAAUGCUUUAAGAAGAUAAAAUGGAUGAGAUGAAUGUGAGUUCAAAUGUCUUUAACUUUUUUUAGUGUUGUGUCUGGUCUUAAUUGAUAGACAUAAUUUACGGAUGACUACGAGUAUUGAAAAGUUUACUCUACAAGAUAGAUUCAACAUGACCCUACUUGGGAACAAAAAUUAAUUACAACGGUGAUACCAUCCGACCAAUAAAAUAUCGUAAAUGAGAUUUGUUUGAUAUUUUUUGUCUUCCCUAAUCCAAUCAUGUUGUCCCUACUAAUAUUAGCCCUCCUUUUUGUUUCUGGCUAUUGUUGUGUUGUUUUUGUUCAAUGAAAAUUAAUUUAUCAAAAACAAAAAGAAAAAGCACAAACUGUCCUGAUAGCUUUAUUAACUAAGGGAACAUGUUAAUGUUAACAUUAAUCCUUAAGGAAAACCCUCAUUAAAUUCUGUAAAGACAUGGUUAUUAUGGGGCCACCAUGUUCUUAUUUCUAUCCAGGCAAACAUGGCUUUAACAAAAUUUACACCCCAAAAAGCAAAUGAAAGAGGAAAUGAACCAAACCAAAGCUAAGUAAGAAAGAGCAUUCAAGAAAAUCACCCUUCACAAAAAAAUAAAAAUAAAUCAACAUCAACAUCAAAAUCAAAAUCAAAAUCAAAAUUAAAAUCACCAGUGAUAACAACAAGGUUUAAUGGCUAGAAUGAAGAUUGAGAUAUAGCUAGCUAGGCUGCUUUCAUGGAGGAGCAUUUCUUAACUACGCAGGCAAAAUAAGUUUUCUUUUAAGUCUACACCUAUUCAGUAUUGUUUUUGCAUUUUUUAUUUUAUUUUUUCUAUUUUCAUUUUUGUCUCUUCAGAAACAAAAUAAUAAAAGGUUUGUUGUAGGUUAUUUUAUCCGAUUUGUGCUUAUGACCUGUUGGCGAUGCUCAUGACCCAAUUAAUGGGCUUACUAGUUCUGACCUGAUUCUUGUUUCAUUCAAUCAUAGUAUAUAUUAUGAGUUAUUUUGAGGAUUAGGGUUAUGAGAUUAAACAGAAGUUUUGCUACAAAAAUGGCUUUUGAUAGAAACAGUCGGUCAUUGUAAUUUCUCUUCUUUUGAUAGUUAAACCCUUUAUCGUUUUUUGCCCGUAGAUGUAGGCUUUUAGCCAAACCACUCAUAUGUUUGUAUUCUUGUGUGAUUCCUCCUUUUUACUUUCUCGUUUUCGUUUGUUCCGUCAUAACAAAGUUCAAAAACUUGUGAUAACGGUUUUCAAAAAUAAAUAUAUGAUAUUUCUAAACAAUGGGGUUUCAGAAAAAGUUUGCCAAACUAGUUUUCUACUUCUUUUCCCCCAAAAAAAGUAGAAAACAAACCAAACAUAUCCAUGAGCAGUGACUGAGCAUGGUAUUGUUGUGACAACAAAAAGCACAAACCUACCCUUCUGGUAGCUUUAUCAACUUAACAUGUUAAUGUUAAUCAAAUGACCUCAAAAAGGGCUUAGGGGAACAAUAACAUUAAUCUUUUGGGGAACCUCUUCUUAAAUUCUGUAAAGACAAUGUUAUGAUAUCUCUAUCCACCAGACAAACAUGGAUUUAACAAAAUUUAAACCCUCUGGCAAGCAAGGUAUAACAUGACUCAAUUAUAGAACUUAUUCCAACUUUUCGUCCUUAUAUAUAGCUUACCCUGAGCCACUGCAAAACCACACAAAAACCCAUUUCAUCCCCCUCCUGCCUUCUUAAUUCCCCCAAAAAUGGAAAACAAGCCCACAAUGCAGCAACUGGCCAAGAAUGACCGUCGGAUGUCAUUGUCCGAUGACAGUGCCAUGAUGAAACAAAUUCAGGGAACCCAUUCGCCUGAUGGGCGUGAUGUCUAUGCCAAGCCCAUUCUCCAAGUCAUUGAGGACAUCCUGAACCAUGUCACUCCCGACGUUGCUGGUGGCAUGCAUGGACACACUGAUGCAUUGGAGGAAAGGACCACUGUGGAUGGACUUGAUGCCAUCCUAGAUGAAUUGGCUUACAUUAUGCAUAAAGUCUCGUGCGAGCUAUCAUGCAAGUGCUCGAGUGGAGCAGAUGCACACGCAACAACAAUGGCGAUACUAAACAUGCUUUCAAUCUACUCAUGGGAUGCGAAAGUGGUGAUUUCCCUAGCAGCCUUUGCUGUAAAUUAUGGAGAGUUUUGGCUUGUCACUCAGCUAGUUACCUCUAACCAGCUUGCCAAGUCUGUAGCUCUCCUUAAGCAAUUACCGGACAUCAUAGAGCAUUCUAGCACCCUUAAAUCCCGGUUUGAUGCAAUUAAAAACCUUUUCAAGGCUCUGUUGGAUGUAACCAAGUGCAUUGCUGAGUUUAAGGAGCUUCCUUUGCAAUAUGUUUCACCUGACGCAACGCCUAUGUCUACUGCCUUGACUCAUAUUCCAACUGCUACAUACUGGACCAUCCGAAGCAUGGUGGCUUGUGCCUCACAGAUUACCAGCCUUUUAGGCAUGAGUUACGAGCACAUCGCAUCUGCCACUGAAGCAUGGGAGCUCUCGAGCUUGGCGCAUAAGAUCAGCAACAUAGACGUUCACCUUAAGAACCAGCUCGGGAUUUGUCAUCAUCACAUAGAUGAGAAGAGACAUGCAGAAACUUUUCAGAUGCUCAUUCGCCUCUUCGAGAUGUCCCAUGUCGACAAUGUGAGGAUUCUUAAGGCAUUGAUUUACUCUAAGGAUGAUCAAUUGCCACUUGUGGAAGGAACUACCAAGAAAAAGGCUAGUAUAGAAGUUCUAAAGAGAAAGACUGUGUUGCUGCUCAUAUCAGAUCUUGACAUCGCCCAUGACGAGAUUAUGUAUCUUUCCUUGUUACACCAAGACACACGGACAAGGACGGAUCUUCAUUAUGAGAUCGUGUGGCUUCCAAUUAUGGAUAGGUCAACAAAGCCUUUGAAUGAUGCGAAUCAGCAAAAGUUUGAGCAACUACAAUCGAUGAUGCCAUGGUACACGCUGCACCCUUUGUUGCUUGAACCGGCAGUCAUCAAGUACAUUAAGGAGUUUUGGCAUUUCGAUAAGAAGCUCAUUCUAGUGGUGUUGGAUCAACAAGGUAGGGUUGCAUGCCCAAACGCGCAUCAUAUGGUUUGGAUAUGGGGGAAUUUGGCCUACCCUUUCACUAUCAUGAGAGAAGAAUUGCUUUGGAAGGAAGAGACUUGGAGACUUGAGCUAUUGGUGGAUGCCAUUGAUGAAAGCAUAAUGAAUUGGAUUGCACAAGAGAAAUACAUUUGCUUGUAUGGAGGAGAGGACAUUGAAUGGAUUCGAAAAUUUAGUGCCAUUGCAAAAGCAGUUGCGGGGGCUGCAGGCAUUGUUCUAGAAAUGGUUUACGUGGGGAAGAGCAGCCCCAAGGAGCGAGUGCGAAAGCUUAAUGCAAUCAUCAAUGCAGAAAAAUUGAGUCACUAUUGGCCAGACCUCAUGUCCAUUUGGUUCUUCUGGGCGCGGUUGGAGAGCAUGUUGUACUCCAAGAUGCAACAUGGCAAGACUAUCGAAGAUGAUUUGAUAAUGCAAGGAGUGUUAAGCGUGCUUAGCUUUAAUGGGAGCGAUCAAGGAUGGGCUAUAAUGAGUAAAGGAUCGGGUGAGAUGGCCCGUGCCAUGGGUGACCUUUUUUUAACAUGUUUAGCAACAUUUGACACUUGGAAGGAUGAUGCAAAGGGAAUUGGUUUUAUGGCGGCACUCAAUCAAAAGUUAAAAGAAUUGCAUACCCCGCAACACUGCAACCGCCUUAUCUUGCCAGGGAUAAAUGGCGGUAUCCCUGAGAAGGUCAUAUGUGCAGAGUGUGGUCGGCCCAUGGAAAAGUACUAUAUGUAUCGUUGUUGUACCGAUUGAGAAGUGUGUUGAAGAUUGCUAUAUCAUACAUUUAUGCUUGCUUGUUGCAAGUUUGCUUUGGUUGUGAGAUUUAGUGAUUCGAAAGAGUCUAAUUAGUACUAUAGUGCUUACUAUGAUGGUGAUCAAGAUUAUGCUAGUUUGGGGCUCUAUGAUACCUCUUUAUAAGUUUGAGAUUGUUUUAAGUGUGUUGUAAGAAUGUGAUGGCUAUAAUAUGUAUGACUGAAAUUACUCUGCA